CCGAAAUUGACGCAUCAUAUCAGAAUUUUUUCACCGCCCAUAUUCACUGGGACUAUUUUACCUAAGAAUAAAUCAAUAAAAAUCGUUUACAUUUUUUGUUUUUGCUUCAAGAUAUUGCAACAUUGUAAAUAACUUAACACUACGUAUUCCCGUGAAAGCUGAAGUCACCGUGAUACUGAAACUUGGACCUAUCAUCAACUGAAAGUGGACUUGAGUCUUCUGAAAAUCUAUCUUGAAGUCAUAAUUUGCUGAUUUUUAUUGCCUUUAAAAACAAACGUCUCAUUAACAAACCGAGGACAUCUUGGGGAUUAAACCGACCUGCUCGACCUGGUCAUGGUUAUUAUUGGACUUUUUUGGACCUAAGCAUGGACUGUUGGCAGGUGUCUGUUUUGUGUGUUAUAUUUAUAUCAUGUCUACAGCCCACAUCGUCUCAAACACAAGAAGUGGUGUGUCCUGGUACCCAGAAUGGCCUGAGCUCCACAGGAUCCCAGGAGAACCAGUACAACCUGAUCAAGGACCGCUACACAGGCUGUGAGAUCAUCAUGGGUAACCUGGAGAUCACCCAGAUAGAGAGUGACUGGGACUUCUCCUUCCUAGGGACCAUCAGAGAGGUAACCGGCUACAUCCUAAUCGCCAUGAACCACUUCAGACAGCUGCCUCUGGAACAGCUGCGUGUGAUCCGUGGUAAUACCCUGUACGACCGGGGCUUCGCACUCUCGGUAUUCCUCAACUACCCCAAGGAGGGCUCCAAUGGACUGCAGCACCUGGGACUCACACACCUCACCGAGAUUCUGGAGGGAGGCGUCCAGAUCGUCCACAACAGGUUCCUGAGAUAUGGUCCCUGGGUGAACUGGGAUGAUAUUGUGAGGGACAGGGAUAGGGCCAAGGCUCCCAUUGACAUCCAGUUGAACGGCGAAAGAGGGCCUUGUCACCCCUCCUGUGGGGAGAACUGCUGGGGGCCUGGUGAAGAACACUGCCAGAUCUUGACUAAGACAGUGUGCGCUCCUCAGUGUAACGGCCGUUGUUUCGGGACCAGCCCCAGGGACUGCUGUCACAUAGAGUGUGCAGGGGGCUGCUAUGGACCUCAGGAUAUGGAUUGCUUUGCGUGCGGUCACUUCAACGACUCCGGGUCCUGUGUGCCCCAGUGUCCCCAGACUCUGAUCUACAACAAACAGACGUUUCAGAUGGAGACGAAUCCUAAUGCCAAGUAUCAGUACGGAUCCAUCUGUGUCUCCCACUGCCCCACCCACUUUGUGGUGGACGGCAGCUCCUGUGUGAGCGGCUGUCCUCCAGACAAGAAGGAGGUGGAGAGGAGUGGUCAGAGGCAGUGUGAGCUUUGUGGAGGACUGUGCCCUAAAGCCUGUGAGGGCACAGGUCCUGAGCACAGACAGACGGUGGACUCCAGUAACAUCGACAGCUUCAUCAACUGCACCAAGAUACAAGGCAGCCUGCACUUCCUGGUCACAGGGAUUCUUGGUGAUGACUAUAAGAAAAUCCCACCUCUGGACCCUAAGAAGCUGGAGGUCUUCCGCUCUGUCCAGGAGAUAACAGAUAUCCUAGACAUCCAGUCGUGGCCUAAAGAACUGUCAGAUCUUUCAGUGUUCUCCAAUCUUACCACCAUACAGGGAAGAUCUCUUCACAACGCAAAGAGGCGUUUCUCUCUGAUGGUCAUGCGUGUUCCAUCCAUCACCUCUCUGGGUCUGCGUUCCCUGAGAGAGAUCAGUGACGGCAACGUGUAUCUCACCCAUAACGCCAACCUGUGUUACCACCACACAGUCAACUGGACACGCCUGUUCACCGGGCACGCCACACACCUCAACGACAUCAAAGACAACAGGCCUCUGAGAGAGUGUGUUGAGGAGGGCCACGUGUGUGACCCGCUGUGUUCAGACUCAGGCUGCUGGGGCCCAGGGCCCAGCCAGUGUCUCUCCUGCAGGAACCACAGCCGAGACUCUACUUGUGUGGCACACUGCAACUUCUACACAGGUCAGCCUAGGGAGUUUGCAGGGUCUAAGGGGGAGUGUGUCGUCUGUCAUCCAGAGUGUCAGCCACAGGAAGGGAGGGGCAGCUGUACUGGACCGGGGUCUGAAGAGUGUGUGGUGUGUGCCAGUCUGAGAGACGGUCCUCACUGUGUGCCCUCCUGCCCCAGUGGGGUGAAUGGAGAGAACGGGCAGUUCAUCUUCAAAUACCCCAACAAGGACAACUACUGUGAGCCCUGCCAUGUCAACUGCACACAGGGGUGUUCGGGUCCAGGAUUGAGUGACUGUAUAGACAACACUAGACACUCCACUAGCCCUCAGAUCACAGGGAUAGCGUUGGGAGUGCCGGCUGCCCUCAUAGUCUGCCUGGCAUUGUUUGUGUUGGGCAUGCUGUACCACCGUGGCCUGGCCAUCCACAGGAAGAGAGCCAUGAGGAGGUACCUGGAGAGUGGAGAGAGUUUUGAGCCGCUGGGGCCAGGAGAGAAGGGAGCCAAGGUUCAUGCCCGGAUCCUGAGGGCCCCAGAGCUGAAAAAGAUCAAAGUCCUGGGCUCUGGAGUGUUUGGCACCGUACACAAAGGCCUGUGGAUCCCUGAGGGAGACUCCGUGAAGAUUCCUGUAGCCAUUAAGACCAUCCAGGACCGCACAGGCAGACAGACCUUCACUGAGAUCACUGAUCACAUGUUGUCCAUGGGCAGUCUGGACCACCCCUACAUCGUCAGGCUCUUAGGUGUCUGCCCAGGUGCCAGUCUCCAGCUGGUCACCCAGCUCAGCAGCCAGGGGUCCUUACUGGAGCACAUCAGGCAACACAAAGACAUCCUGGACCCACAGAGACUGCUCAACUGGUGUGUGCAGAUAGCUAAGGGCAUGUACUACCUAGAGGAGCACUGUAUGGUCCACAGGAACCUGGCUGCCAGGAACGUGAUGCUGAAAAGUGAUUACUUUGUCCAGAUUUCUGACUAUGGUGUGGCUGACCUGCUCUAUCCUGAUGACAAGAAAUAUGUCUACAGUGACAGUAACAAGACUCCCAUAAACAUAAAAUGGAUGUCCCUGGAGAGUAUCCUGUUCCGAAGAUACACUCAUCAGAGUGAUGUCUGGAGUUAUGGAGUGACGGUAUGGGAGAUGAUGUCAUUUGGGGCAGAGCCCUAUGCCUCCAUGCAGCCACAGGACGUGCCCAGUCUACUUGAGAAGGGAGAGCGUCUGUCCCAGCCCCACAUAUGCACCAUAGAUGUCUACAUGGUCAUGGUCAAGUGCUGGAUGAUUGACGAGAAUAUUCGACCAACCUUCAAAGAACUGGCCAAUGACUUUAUUCGCAUGGCAAGAGACCCGCCUCGCUACCUUGUCAUCAAGGACAGAGGAGAGGCAGGGCCAGAAGAAUCUCACCAACGGGAAUCAGCACUGGCCAAUUUGGAGGCAGGCCUGGAGGACCAGGAUGAGGACGGUUUGGCCACUCCUCCUCUCACCUUGUCCCCAUCCAGGACUCUGUCUCGCUUGAGGAUGAGCUCAUAUAGGAGUUCCAGUGUGACCUCUCAGGCCGGACCAGUAGGGUACCUACCCAUGACCCCCGGCCCUGGAGAUAACCCCUGUCAGCUGUUCUCCCAGCGGUCUCGACUGAACUCAGCUCGAACGCUGUCGGAGGGGUCAGAGGGCAGUGGCCUGGACAAUGAGCUGGCAGAGGGAGUGUCACUGAGUGGCAGCCUGCGCAGGCAGCAGCUCAGGGCUGGCAGGGACAGUAGUGGCAGUAGUACCCACCACACCUCCACCACCAUGGUGCAUAGGAGCCCAUCUGCAGUCUCGAAGUCACCCUCCUACAGGCCUGAGGAGGAGGAGGAGGAGGAGGACCACUAUGGAUAUGUACUGCCUGGAGUGUCAGGCACUCCUGAGAGAGAUUCUCUUCUGUCUUGCCCAGCCUCCAGAACUUCUCACCCAGGUAGAGCAUCUCUCAGGGGCUCUAGGAGCUCCAAGAAUCCACUGUCACCAUUGGCAACCAUCUCAGACCCCACUGAGGACUAUGAGCUGAUGACAAAACAGCCGUCCCCUCUGCCCCGCUCCCCCAGAGCCACCUCUGUACAGAUAGAAGGGCAUUCAACUGUCAUAUGGAGGAAAACCUCUCCUCUGCCCUCCCCUACCUACAAUACAGCACCCUCACCACUAGAGGGGGACUCACUGAUGCAUGGGGACUCUCCAAGCACUGCAGCUGCUCUGAGGGGAAGCCAGGGGUCAGCAGAGGUCACUGACAGUUCUGUGGCUGUAGUUGUAUCAGUAGAGGGAGAGGAGCUGCAUCCGCUGUCUGAGAGGCCUGACAGUGGAGCUGCUUUGUUUGACAACCGAGGGGCCUCUCAGGGUCAGGGGAGGCCAGAGCAGGGGGCAGUAGUGGAGUAUGAACACAUGGACAUGUGCAGCACCACGAACACCACAGACACAGAGAGACCCAUCUGGGAGAGGCGGGAGAGCCAAGCAGCUGACUUGAGGAGCACAGAGGCAGAAGAACGAGAGAGAAAAGAAGGAAAGAGUCAGGACCUAGAGGAGGAAAGGAAGGAUGAGGAAGCUGGCGAGGAGGAUGAUGUUUACCAAUAUACUAAUGAACAACCCAGACUCCUCCGAGAGAGCAGCGGAGAGGUGGGGCCCAGCCCCAGCCCCAAGCCCAGCCUACGCCCCAAACCCAGCCUCCUCCCCAAGCCCAGCCUCAGCCCCAGCCCCAAGCCCAGCCUCCUCCCCAAGCCCAGUCUUAUCCCCAGACCUAACCCUAGGCCAGAUGGCUCCACAGCUAUGGCAGAGAGCCAGGUGGAGGUGGAGGAGUAUGAGGAGAUGGAUGCCUUUGGAGGGGACUCGAGGGGCUCCCAGCGAGUGGACCACCAGGAGGCAGAGUACCAGAACCUCCCAGUCCCAGGGAAUGGGAGGACCACUUCAGCUGAGGUGGAGGGGGGUACGGGCACCAGGUGUGCCGGGCUGGGGGUGAAGGGGUACAUCAAAGUGUGCUCCAGUGUGGGAGUGGUAGAGCCGAGCAGCAACACAUCGUUUGACAACCCUGACUACUGGCACAGCAGACUGUUCCUCAAGCCAGAUGCUGUGCGCACAUAAUGAUGGGGACUGAGAAAACAACAACAACCAUGAUGAAGCAAGCACAGUCAGAUAUAUUUUAUAUAAUCAUGUAUCAGGCUCUGGUGCAGCUCAACCAUUAAUGGAGCACUCUUUUAGUACUGAUGAAGGAGUUGUUUGUAAUGUAGUGUAUGUAUGUAUUCUCAGGUGGUUUACAUCAUCCAUACCAACCUCAUUCACCAAAGAAACAUACGCAAAAUGUCCUAUGUAGCAUUGAUGUUAUCCAUCUGUUUAUAGUGGCAUCCCAGUCUCAGAAAUGUAACCAAGUAGGCAGCUCAACAUCAAUGUGAGCAAAAAUCACAAAGUCAAAGGCAAAUAGAAUAUGGAGAAAUAGAUAGACAUAGCAUACAAAAUGUACAUAGAUACACAUAGCAUGUAUACAUAAAGCAGAAAUAGGCAGCCAAUGUACACACACUGAUGCUGGAUCAAAUUCCAGUGUUUGCACUUCAACGUGUUCCACUUCCUGGUGAAGCCAAUGUUUACCUACGUAGAACCUCAAGGUUCCCUGGGUGAGGACUGCCAUGUAAUGUAAAUUUGUAGCUUAUAGUUUCCUAUAUGAAAUUAAGUAUUCUUGAUGAACAUGUAUGGAUGAAUUUCAGUCGUUGGCUAUGUUAUUGCAAGUGAUUGGAGACAAGCACUGUUUUGUCCAAAAAAUUAUAGUUUUCAUGUAAUAUAAUGUGAAUUGCUGUCAUGAAAAAAUUAAUAUUGAUACAUAUAAUUGUUUUACAACA